AAGCAAUUCACAUUUUUUUUUGUUGUUGUUCUCCCUCGCUCGCAGGCGGCGGCCGCGGCUGCUCUUUCCGUCGCCAAUUCAGAGCAGGAUAGAGAAAGGCGAGAGAGAGAGCGAGGGUUCUGUGUAAUUCAGGAUGGAUGAGGGAUCAAUUCUGCAUGAACUGGUCUUGAAUGAACAUCCGGAGUCUCAGUAAGAGGUUCGCAAACAAAAAAAAAAAACCCUCAGCCAGGCGCACGGCUGACGCGACGCCGCGAGGGGAGAAAAUCGAGGAUACUAUUCCCGCCGGAUUAAUACUUCUGCGUGCUCCAAAAAAAAAAUACCAAAAAACAAAAAAAAAACGCCUUUUGGUCCCUCUUUUCCCCCUCCGAAUCGCCCUCCGCGGCCCGCCCCAGGUUAUUAUGCCUCGCGUGUGAAGACGCCUCUAAGAUAUGACAUCGAAGGAUUCUUCGAACGAGCUCGCCACUCCCGAUACCGAGGUCUACAUCCGAACUUUCAAAGAGCACAUGCACCUGGAGCUGGAGCUCCCCAGACAUGCGGGCAAGAGGAGCACCACCUCGCCCAAAAUCUCCCCCCGCAGCUCGCCAAGGAACUCCCCCUGCUUCUUCCGAAAGUUACUGGUCAACAAGAGCAUCCGCCAGCGCCGGCGCUUUACUGUGGCACAUACAUGUUUUGAUGUUGAAAAUGGCCCAAGUUCAGGACGCAGCCCCCUGGACCACCAAGCCAGUCCCGGUUCUGGACUUGUGCUGCACACAAACUUCCCCAGCCACAACCAGAGACGGGAAUCCUUCCUGUACCGAUCGGACAGCGACUAUGACCUCUCACCAAAGAACAUGUCCAGGAACUCCUCGGCUGCAAGUGAGCAGCAUGGGGAUGACCUGAUUGUUACUCCAUUUGCCCAGGUGCUGGCCAGUCUGCGCAGUGUAAGGAAUAAUUUCACAUUACUAACCAACGUCCAGGGAGCUCCAAACAAGCGAUCACCUAUGUCCAACCAUCCCCAAAUCAACAGAGUGAAUAUACAAGAGGACUCCUACCAAAAACUAGCCAUGGACACAUUGGAAGAGCUGGACUGGUGCUUGGAUCAGCUGGAGACCAUUCAGACCUACAGAUCGGUCAGCGAAAUGGCAUCAAAUAAGUUCAAGAGGAUGCUGAAUCGGGAGCUGACCCACCUCUCGGAGAUGAGCAGAUCGGGCAAUCAGGUGUCUGAAUAUAUCUCCAGCACAUUCUUGGACAAGCAGAAUGAUGUGGAGAUCCCUUCCCCAACACAGAAAGACCGUGAGAAGAAGAAGCGGCAUCAGUUAAUGACGCAGAUUAGCGGCGUAAAGAAGCUGAUGCAUAGUUCCAGCCUCAACAACACUAGCAUGUCCCGGUUUGGAGUCAAGACGGAACACGAAGACAUGCUGUCUAAGGAAUUGGAGGAUCUGAACAAAUGGGGACUUAACAUCUUCAAGGUUGCAGGCUAUUCUUGCAGUAGACCACUUACCUGCAUCAUGUAUGCUAUAUUCCAGGAGAGAGAUCUGCUGAAGACGUUUAAAAUUCCCACAGACACACUAAUCACCUACACAAUGACCUUAGAAGAUCACUACCACUCGGACGUCGCCUAUCAUAACAGCCUCCAUGCUGCUGAUGUCGCACAGUCCACUCAUGUGCUCCUUUCCACUCCAGCUUUGGAUGCUGUCUUUACCGACCUUGAAGUCCUUGCCGCAAUUUUUGCAGCUGCCAUUCAUGACGUAGACCAUCCAGGAGUCUCCAAUCAAUUCCUAAUCAAUACAAAUUCCGAACUUGCACUUAUGUAUAAUGACGAGUCUGUCCUGGAAAAUCACCACCUGGCUGUGGGCUUUAAGUUGCUGCAGGAGGAAAAUUGUGACAUUUUUCAGAACCUUACCAAGAAGCAGAGGCAAUCACUCAGGAAAAUGGUCAUUGACAUGGUGCUUGCCACAGACAUGUCCAAACACAUGAGUCUGCUGGCCGAUCUGAAGACGAUGGUAGAAACCAAGAAGGUUACCAGUUCUGGUGUUCUUCUGUUAGACAACUACACUGACCGCAUACAGGUUCUCAGGAAUAUGGUGCACUGCGCAGAUUUAAGCAAUCCAACAAAAUCUCUGGAGCUCUACCGGCAGUGGACGGACAGAAUCAUGGAGGAGUUCUUCCAGCAGGGAGACAAAGAGAGAGAACGAGGCAUGGAGAUCAGUCCAAUGUGUGACAAGCACACAGCUUCUGUGGAAAAAUCACAGGUUGGCUUCAUCGACUAUAUUGUCCAUCCUUUGUGGGAAACAUGGGCAGACUUGGUCCAGCCUGAUGCUCAGGAUAUUUUGGAUACAUUGGAGGACAAUAGGAACUGGUACCAAAGCAUGAUACCUCAAAGUCCUUCUCCUCUUUUGGAUGAGCAGGACAAUGACUGCCCGGGGGUCUCAGAAAAGUUCCAUUUUGAGCUGACUCUUGAAGAAGAAGAUUCAGAAAGCCACAACAAAGAGGGGGACUGUAUCAGUUACUAUAGCAGUACAAAAACUCUUCAUAUGGUUGAUCCAGGAAUCGAGGACUCUCCAGAAGGCGAUGCAGAAAUACUGACAGAUGACACAUCACCUCUGGACACAUAGGUCAUGUUUGAAUGGGAACUUUAAACCCAGGAGAACACAUGCAGGUUGUCUUUGUUGACAAGCAUGUAAUCUUGAUCUUUGGCCUUGGUUGAGAAUGGCCAAGAUCUUUGCAGCUGCUCGUCAGUGGAGUCGUGGCUGAGGGUGCCGAAUUGAAAGAUUGCUCAGGAAACUACCAAGUAAUGUACGUUACUCUUCGGCAUUGUUUUACAGGAGGGGGGAAAAAGUGAGACGUAAACACAGUGGACGUGUUUUGAAAACAGCAUGAAUGAUCGGAGAACUGUACAAAGUAAAGACACAAAACUGAGAGAUUUUUUUGUUUUUUUUUUACCGUGAAAUUAAAAAAAACCUAAACCUAGUUAGAGGCUAGAAAUGAAUACUAUUAUUAUUCGGUAGAUCUAUGUCGAAACCCUGUCCAACUGUCUGAGGACGUGUGUGCCUUUUUUGUAUAACUUCCAUUGUCUGAAAUGCCUAUUAAUUACACAAUAUUUAGUGUAAACCGAACAAGAAAAUAACUUGUAUAUUUUAAUUCUUUCUGGAAAGAAGCAGUCUUCCUUUAUCGUGGCAAUAUAUGUGACUUUAUCGCAAUUAUUCAGAAUCAAAAAAAAAAAAAAUAAGAGACCGUUUCCGUCUCUGGUCAUCACCAUUCUCUCCAUGCACCCAAAGUCAUUUCACGUUUUUUGGCUUGAUACAAAGAUAUGUGUUAAGAUUGUUGCUUUCUGUAGAAUCUCUUCCGCACAAUCUAUUAAAGAGGUAGCCUUUUUUUUUUGUCCCUAACGUGCAUCCACUACAUAUGACGAUCGGAAAGGCGGUGUGUGUUGUAAUGUGUAUGACCACGUUCUGCAUGUUUUGUUUUUUUUUGUUUUUCCAAUACUUCCCCCUGUCAUCUAUAAAGCCAAACCAUUGUUUUUAUAUCUUGCACUGCCUCAAGUCCUGACACGUACUUUUACUGUUUAUAACAGUGUAUUAUUAUUAUUAUAAUUAUUAUUAUGUAAAUAAUGUACUGUUUUCUAACUUAUUAAUUUAUAUAAAUUAACAUUGCCUGUCACUGGUGGUGUUGAUGGUUUAGAAGAAAAGGAAAAACUCUACAUCAGAGUUGGAUUUUUUUUCUUGUAAAAAUUUGUUUUUAUUAGAAAUGUUUGCCUGAACAGUGACUCCCAAAAGACAUACUGAAUCCAGGUCUAGCACUUACGGAGAAUGAAUAUUCAUUGUGCUAUGGGACCAGGGAUCCCUGCCGACAUUGAGGAACUACAAGGCCCACAAACAUGGAACUUUUAUUUCCUCAAUGGUGACAGGGAAAAAGGAAACCUGGUCUUGAGUGCAUCACUAUCGCUCCUGUACAAAAUAUCACAAACCCUAAACUAUUUUAGUUAGAAUUACAGAGAAAUUUGUUGUUCUAUGAAUAUUAUUACUAAACGUCAAUAUUUUGCUUGUGUAAUUUUUUUUUUAUUGAAAAAAAAAAAAAAUGUAUGCAUUCUGAGAACUUAUAUCGGUCUCGGCUUGUGCAAUGUUUGAAGUUUUGGUCCGAUUAGUGACCCGUCCCUCGUGUCCGGAGUAAGUGCACUAACUUGUGCAUGGCGUAUGGGUCUGUAUGUCUGUUGACACUGCAUUGUUCCAGGUGUAGGAUCUUCUUUUGACAAAGUUUCACACAAAGUAUGUUAAAGUAUUGUAUAUUGUGCUACAAUGCAUUCUUAAAAGAAAAAAAAUACGUUUUUUAUAUUAAGUGAAUAAAAAGAGGAGCAUGAAAAACCUAA